AGACAUUAUCUUCUGAUUCCCUUGUAAAGUAUUGUACGUUACGCUGUGAAGGCACAACAUUAGCGCAAAGUAACUCGAAACCCAAGUGACAAAAAAACAAGGAUGAAAGCAAUCCGAAGAUGCUCGUUGUGCGGUUGCGCUUAUUGGAAACUACAACUCCCAGAUAGCCUUGCUGACGAAACGCACUUCCGGAUUUCUAAAAAAGGUCAGGCACGUCACUUUUUGUUCUUAUGCAACAUCAUUCCAGGGGUGGCCUGGCAACCGUGUGACGUAACCUGCCGUGACAGCGGAGGCAGGCAGGCACUUUAUCUGUAGCCGGUGUACUUGGCGGAAGGUCAGCUUUUUUGACAGGGACGUCGUCAGUAAAAGACGGAAAGAUAUAUAUAUAUAUAUAUACAUAUAUCAGAAAUGUCAGUUUAUCGCUGACAGUUAAGCCGUCGACAGUCGGGGGCUGCUGGAAUUGGAAAACGCCUUUUAUUUCUCGUUAAGCGGCUCUCUAACCUGCUUCGUAACCGUGUCGUACUGUUUGAAGUGUCCGCCGCUUCCCGGAGCCGGUCUUCUUUCCGUUUAACCGCCUGAACGGAGCGGCGGCUGAGUUUCUGUCGGUUGGACUCUCGUCAGUCUCGAGAUGACGGCGAGGAGCAGGAUCCCGCCGGGCGCGCGGAAGCUGAGCGAGUUUCUCGAGAUCGGAACGCCGCUGCUCACGAGCCGGAGCCCCGCCGCCGGGUACCCGACCCGAGCGAGGCAGCCAAUCAGCAGGUACCUGUCUUCCUGCGGAAUGCUGAUGACCAGGGCUCCCAGAAGGCUGUGCAGCAUAGACUGGGACGCGACCCUUCACCCCAGCAGGUCGUUCAUCAGUUUCACCAACCCGCUGACCAAUAAGAGGAAAGAGUACUCCGAGCGCCGGAUCCUGGGGUACUCCAUGCAGGAGAUGUACGACGUCGUGUCGAACGUGGACGACUACAAGGACUUUGUUCCGUGGUGCAAGAAGUCCGUGGUGGUGCUGAAGCGCUCCAGUCACGCCAAGGCCCAGCUGGAGGUGGGCUUCCCCCCCAUCGUGGAGUGCUACACCUCCAUGCUGUCCCUGGUGCGCCCCCACCUGGUCAAGGCUGUGUGUACCGACGGCAAACUGUUCAACCACCUGGAGACGAUGUGGCGUUUCAGCCCCGGGAUCCCAGGAUACCCACGCACCUGCACGGCCGAUUUCUCCAUCUCCUUCGAGUUCCGCUCACUGCUGCACUCCCAGCUGGCCUCAGUGUUCUUCGACGAGGUGGUGAAGCAGAUGGUGGCCGCGUUCGAGAGGAGAGCUGGGAAGCUGUACGGCCCGGAGACGCGCAUCCCGCGGGAGCUCAUGUUCCACGAGAUCCACCAAACGUGAGGCUCACCCUGGCUGGGACCUUCCUCACCCCUCCCUCCCUCACCCCCUCCCGUACUCGCCAUGCAGGACAGCCGUGAACACACACAACACACCCACAGAGCCAGCAGCAGGCUGGUCAAACUCCUGUUCAAAGCAGUUCUGAGCCAUGCCAGGUUUCACCAGUAGCAGUAACAGCAGCCCUGCUGAGCUCCACUGAGGUCAGCAGCUUCAUAAAGCUUCAUAAAGCACACACAGACCCUCAGUGCGAAAUGUUUCAUCUGUAAGACAAUACUAAUCAACACCUAGGAUGACCAACGACAAUACGUCUGUUUUCAGUCCUAAAAGACCUUCAGUGAUACAGAAAGAAGCCGCGUUGGUUCUAAAUGCCUCCCCCAGACCUUCAGAAAAUGUGGUGUGUGAGGCCUCAACCGUUCCAGACUGAACAGGAACGGGCUUGAUGUGAAACCAGGACUGGCUCAGACUGAACAGGAACGGGCUUGAUGUGAAACCAGGACUGGCUCGGACUGAACAGGAACGGGCUUGAUGUGAAACCAGGACUGGCUCGGACUGAACUGGAAUGGGCUUGAUGUGAAACCAGGACUGGCUCAGACUGAACAGGAACGGGCUUGAUGUGAAACCAGGACUGGCUCAGACUGAACAGGAACGGGCUUGAUGUGAAACCAGGACUGGCUCAGACUGAACAGGAACGGGCUUGAUGUGAAACCAGGACUGGCUCGGACUGAACUGGAAUGGGCUUGAUGUGAAACCAGGACUGGCUCAGACUGAACAGGAACGGGCUUGAUGUGAAACCAGGACUGGCUCGGACUGAACUGGAAUGGGCUUGAUAUCCUCAAAACAGCUGCAUCGAGCCUCCAAUCUCUUAGUUCUUAUUUAUUACUAUAGAUACUAUUAUUAUUACUAUUAUUAUUAUUAUUAUUAACAGCAGCAUGAUACAGCAAUAUCUAAUUUAUAAUCUUUAACACCGUGUGUGAGUGUGUGUGUGUGUUAUAUAUAUAUAUAUAUAUAUAGAUAGAUAGAUAGAUAGAUAUCUAUGCAUGCGCAUGAGAGAAAGGACUUCUCUGUAUUGUGUAUAUACUAUAAUGAUGGGAACUUCUGUAAGAAAAACAGUUUGCAACGUGCUUACAUACAAGAGCUACAUAUUGGACCAUUUUAGUUUUAAAAGAGAGAAAAAAAAAGUAUUUUUAAUAUUUGUUUUAAAUAAAUAAGCUCGUGGUAAAAUCUGGAAUGGCUCAAACAUCUAGAGAAGCGGGGAGUCUAAAUGGCAUUCUGGUGCUUCCAGGUCAGGUCUGUUAUUCUCAGGGUUCAAAAAUAAAUGCAUCAUCAUAAUAAUAAUGAGAGAGUACCUGAACAGGUGUGGGUUGACAAAUCAAAAGGUGUUGAUCGUGAGAGAGAGAGAGAGAGAGAGAAGGAAGGAAGGAAUGUCUUUAUUCACAUUACAGGGCAUGUUUUAUGGCAAGAGAAAAACUAAAUCAAAGUGGGAAAGUCUUUUUUUUUGACCGCGCUGGUGAGCCCUUUUUGGGUCAGCCACGUUGGAGAGAUGUGAAGAUCCAGUCUCUUGUGCAGUUGGUGGAUUUUGUGAGCUUUCAAAUAAACCAAUCGGUGCUUUCAAACCUGCAUUCGCAAUCCGUUACUUUUCAACAGCCAGGAGACUGACAUCCUCACACACAAAUGCCUAAACCUUCAUGACAAAACCUUCUCCGUGUUCGACCUGGAGUCCCGGUGAUUCGUGCUCCACCUGUGCAGCGAGGCUGUGAAACUCUGUGCCUGAGGCAUUGAAACGUUUGUGACACAGGAUUAGCCAGCGGGAUCAGUUACUGCUGGGCAAGCCCGAUGCUUCUCGGUGCCCAACCGACUUCAGUGUAGCAGACACGCGUUUCCAGGUCCACCUGCCUCUCAACUUCCAUGCCAGUAACUGUGUCGGUGUCUCACAUCAGCGGCUCCUGUUUCGAUGUCGUCGUAGUUCUGAUCCAGUCGAUGCUGUUCUGUUUUUUUUUUUUUUUUGGUGUGCGUUUGGGAAUUGACAAGGGAAGCCAAGCCUUUGAGGCUCAUAAGCCGGUGUUGCAUCAUUUGUAUUCUUGUGUGUGUGUUUGAAUGAAGGGUAAUCUCCAGUCAGCGUUUCUGUAAUCAGUGUCCGUCGUCCACCCCCUGAAAUGUAACAUCCCUUUAUUAAAACAAAGACAAACCUUUGACACAGCUACAGCAUGAACUGGUUCUUCCCUAGCGAGGCUGUAUGCAGUUUUGUUUUUGACCAAUCAUACAAUAAAGACCUGCUUUCGUUGUUAUUGUCCCCCUCCCCCAGAUGUAACGGGGUCGUGCCUCUUGUUUAUUAGCUGCUGUUUGUUUGUUUGUGAUGCUGUGUAUUUAUUUGCUGUUCUCUCUUCUUGCCAGUGCAGAUCAGUGAGAACACAGUCCCAUCAGCUCAGCUGUAGAGCUCAGACUGUGCAGCGUACCGCCCUGCAGCGCAAACGUGUAGCAUCCCCCUGUAGAAUGAACACACGCUGCUUCAUAAAGUCACAUGAAACCUGCUGAAUAAUGUUACGCUAACAUAUUGAAUCACAGACCGCUGCUUUGUAGUUUUAUCAUAUACCUAACCAAAAACGUGACAUGGAACACAGGACUGCUAUUAUAGCUUCUGGGAGACUCAAUACCAUUUUGUUGUUUCUUUCAUUACAUAAUGUUAAAUAAAAGAUUUAAAUUAUGUUCAUAUAUAUAGUUGUUGUUUUUUUUGACCUGCAGCUUUAAACUAAUAAAAUCACUGGUGUUUGUGGGGCAGGUUGGACUAGAAUUUCAGUGGAUUAAAAUUACAAUAGAGUAGGAUCAUGGAAAAGCUGUAGAAGACUGUGUGCGCUUUGAGUAUUAUUUGUGUGGCUUCGCUUUGUAACGGGAGGCGUGUUUCCGAAGUGCAAACACUGACGCUCUUGUUUGCUCAGUUCAGGGAGAAUGGAAAUAACUCUGGAGACGUCGUGACGUCAAGUCAGGGGACACCCUGUGCCAGCCGCAGCCUCUCCAAAGGGCAAGGGGGCAGGUAACCGGAGCAGACUGCCAGCCUCUGGAAGUAUUUAUAGAAGGGACGGGGACGAGAGCACAGGCUCAUGGAGUGAAGCCUAUCCGUUAGGACAGCAUUGACAAGAGCAUUGACGAGAGCUACCCCAUGAUGCAGUGCUGCAGAUCUACUCUCUCACAAACAGACCUGUCUCUAUGUAUAGAAGCUGCAUCUCCCCCACCUCACCGCUGCCAGAUUCACACGCUUAAGAACAAAACCUGCACAAGAAUGAUGGGAAGUGAUAUCAUCCGUCGCAGGGGCGGGAACAAGACUCCCAUUGCACAGCAGUGUGAUCCAAUCCUGGGUUUACUGCGAGUUGAAAUUAGACAACACCUGCGCUUGCUCCCUAGACACACUGUGGCUAAUCAAGUUCUAGUAAAACCUGGAACGGGCGAUGAAACUGCUGUGCAACAGGAGUCUUUGUUUCCAUAUAUUGAUAUAUUAAAAGGCAUGCAAGCAAGCCACAGUCUUAUAAAAUAAAUAAAAGGACACCCUUAGCAGUCAUUAAUAAAAACAUUUAUUGUUUUUUGUUUGUUUGUUUUUAUUUUCUCAUCUUUCUUUUCCCCCCCAAACCCCUGUUUUGUUUUUAUUCAGAACAACCUGAGGUUUGGGAUCAAACCCAUUUACACAAAAUCAAAAGAUUUAUACACACAAGCACGCUCACAGCGCGAGAGACAGCGAUCAACCCUCAGCUGCAGCCUUAAAAUAGGGUCUGGAAGUAAAAUAAAAUACUAACACAAAAGAGCUGGAGAGCUCAGAGGAGAGUCUUUAUCACGUAGCGUGCUUAAAAGCAAGCAGGAGUGUACACAAGCUAUCAAAAAAAAACAAACACACCACACACAACAACAACCACACACACAUUGAGCAAGCUUAGGAAAGCGAUUCCAACUCAUGCGAUGCUCAACAGCGAGAUCAACCACUAGGACCAGUAAUUAACCUCCGCAGCCCACAGCGGACGCCUCGUCACCCUAUCAGGAGAGCAGACGGAGGAGCCAAUCGCAAUCCCAGAACCUCAGAAAUCAGCAGUUUUAUUUUUUUGCUCUCAACGCCGGUCGUGUCUAUAUCUUCAGUGGUAGCAGCAAGACGACAAAAAUAAAAACCAAAAUAUAAAUAAAAAGACAUUGGUGCUGUCAAGUGAGUUUGUAUAACUGUGACCGAGGAGCUCGGAUUAAAAUCAGGUUCUGAAACGCACCUCUGUGUUUGUGAAUGCCUUUAUUUUAUUAAAUUACAGUACCCGCCCCCCCUGUCCCCCUGCAUUUUCCAAUAGCCACCCCCUGCACUAAAGAGACAUUAUAACCCCUUUAGCCAAGAGAGCUAGCGUGGUACUGCAGAAAGCACCCCACAGCACCCCCUGCUGCUCCCGGCCUGACAGUGCAAGCAUUUUUUCAGCCACAAGUUUCUGAUAGAACAGGCAAAUAGGUCUCUAACCCUUUACUGCCCAGGGUAUGUUCCCAUGCCUAUUUUCUCAAUGUCAGGAGAUUGCUGCAGAAAACUGGGAAUUCAGCGUCCUGUUCCCCAGCCAGCCCAGCUGAUUUAGAGAUAUGCUUGUUUGUGUGUGCGUUUUAAAAAGGUACAGUCAUUCAUUUUUGGCGUCUGCUUUAUUCUUUUUAAUACAAAAAAGCGGGCAGGGCAGGGUGGGAUAAAGGCUCCUCCUAAAAGGGUUUAGACUUCAGUGUUUAAAAAAAGUUCAAUAACGCUGCUUAACUGCAUUCAUAUUGUCAGUUUUUAAUUUUUGAUAUAUAUAUAUAUUUUUUUUAUUCUGCACUCGCUGCAGGAACCCGCCCAGGUUGAAAACGGAGAGAUAAAGACCUGGUUUCUAUGCCUUGCCAGCGUGUAACUGCAUGGACAUGACAAACGAGCCAGGGGCGAGGCUGAGGAAACUCAAAACGGAAAAGCUGAAUGCGGUUUCCACUGCUCUACGAUGAAGACGAGCUUAGCACCGACCCACAAUCCCCCUCUCUCUACAGAAACGCUGAAUAGGAUCGCUUUGCAAUGUAAAGAUUGCUCACAGAUUGAAAAAAAAAUUUUUAAA